AACAUUUUUUCAUCUUGUCGCCGGCGCUUGGGACUUUUUGAGUGGCUUUGAUUUUUUCCAAUCCUUGGCAUGAUUCGGGGUCAUCGCGCUGACCUGAGGAUUUUUUUUUUUGCAAGUCGAUUUGCUUCCCCCCCCCCUCCAAAAAAAGCCAAAUAUUGAUCGCCGCUCUCCAGUUUUCCUCCCCCGAUGGUGAACCUCUCUCGCUCCUCGCGUUGGCAUCUGGCGUGAAAGGACCCAAAACAAGCGGGGCAAGAGACACCAUGAAGUGUUAAACGAGAACAGCCAAAACCUCCAAGCGGUGUCUUUUUCUUCUUCUUUUGGUUCCAACCCAUCCUCUGCAAAGAACUCGCAGUUGCAGAGAGAGAUUUUUUUUUGCAAGCUGCAGAAAGGGAAAGCGAGCGAGCGAGAGAAAGAGCGAGCGGAGGGGGAGGGAAUUCCGAGCGAGAAAAGGCAGAAAAGGAGAGAGAGAGGGGGAAAAGCCAGCCCCGAUGCGAAAGGCCAAUAAAUAGCCGCGGAGCAGCAGCCGCCUGCGGUGCACCGACCCAGCGCCGUUUCGCACCCGGGCGGGGGGGCGCCAGCCCGUUGGAGCGCCGCUCGCCGAGGCGCUGGCGGAGCGAGAGAGCCGGAGCGCCGCCGCGCCGCCGCCGCCGCCGCAGCCCAGCCUCGCCAGCCCGGCCGCCGCCAAACUGGCUCAUCCGCUGGCCGGCCAGAGCAGCCCCCUCGCGCCGGGCGGAGCGGGCCCUUUCUGGCGGGCGGGCGGCAAGCGGAUGGCCGCCUCGGAGCUGGCCCUCGGCGGGGCCGACCUGCCCACCAGCCCCUUGGCCAUGGAAUAUGUUAAUGACUUCGAUCUGAUGAAGUUCGAGGUGAAAAAGGAGCCGGGCGAGAGCGAGCGCCUCAUCAGCCAGUGCGGCCGCCUCAUCGCCGGGGGCUCGCUCUCCUCCACCCCCAUGAGCACGCCCUGCAGCUCCGUGCCCCCCUCGCCCAGCUUCUCGGCGCCCAGCCCGGGCUCGGGCGGCAGCGACCAGAAGAGCCACCUGGAAGACUACUACUGGAUGACCGGCUACCCGCAGCAGCUCAACCCGGAGGCGCUGGCCUUCAGCCCGGAGGACGCCGUGGAGGCGCUCAUCAACAGCGGCCACCACCAGCUCCAGAGCGCCGCCGCCGCCGCCGCCGCCGGCUUCGAGGGCUAUGCCCGCGGGCAGCCGCUGCCCGCCGGCCCGGCCGGCUCCAUGCCCGGCGAGGAGAUGGGCUCGGCCGCCGCCGUGGUGUCGGCCGUGAUCGCGGCGGCCGCGGCGCAGAGCGGCGCCGGCCCCGGCGCGCCCCACUUCCACCACCACCACCACCACCCGGCCGGCCACCACCACCACCCGCAGCACCACCCGCCGCCGCCGCAGCAGCAGCAGCCGCAGCCGCCGGGCAGCGUCCAGUCCUCGGCCAGCAGCAGCGGCGGCGGCUCCAGCGCCGGCUCCAGCGGCGGCUCCAGCGCGGGGCUCCACCACCUGCACUUCGACGACCGCUUCUCGGACGAGCAGCUGGUGACCAUGUCGGUGCGGGAGCUCAACCGGCAGCUGCGCGGCGUCAGCAAGGAGGAGGUCAUCCGGCUCAAGCAGAAGCGGCGGACCCUCAAGAACCGCGGCUACGCCCAGUCCUGCCGCUUCAAGCGGGUCCAGCAGCGGCACGUCCUCGAGUCCGAGAAGAACCAGCUGCUCCAGCAAGUCGAGCACCUCAAGCAGGAGAUCUCCAGGCUGGUCCGGGAGAGAGACGCCUACAAGGAGAAGUACGAGAAGUUGGUCAGCAGCGGCUUCCGAGAAAACGGCUCCAGCAGCGACAACCCUUCCUCGCCAGAGUUUUUCAUUUUCCCACCAUCGACUCAGUUCCUCCGAUGAAGCUCGCCUUUGAAAUCUGCCAUCUAUAUUCAAUUUUAUUUGGGGGGUUCAGUUUAUGAAGUGGGUUUCCCUCCUGCUUUUGAGUUUGCCGUGUCCCCCCUCCCCCCCAAAUACUUUUUCUGCCAUCCUGAGUUUAUUUUUUGCAUUUGGGCUUUGAACUUGCAAAACAAGGAUAAAGACACACACACAAAGAAACAAAAAAAAAAGUUUUAGAUCUCAGCUUUCUGAGUCCCGUCUGCAGUUGGGCUAAAUCCAGAGAAUAUAUCUAGAGCAACCUGCCAAAAGAAACUUGUAUCCAGCUUCCCCUGUGUUCAUGGUGUGACAUUUGGCCUUUAAGCUACCAAACAGUGAAAACUUUUUGCCUGCUAUUAGCCACCCAUCUUCAUCUCAUGCAUUAUGCUUGCUACUCGGUCUUAGCAUCAAUUAACUAUAGAACUGUUUCAAAAGACUGUGGGGGAGAGAGAAAAAAAGACAUUAUAUUGAUUUUUUUAAAAAAACCUUGCAUGCUGGACAUGUAUGGUAUAUUAUUUUUUUUCCUUUUGCUUGGAUAUGGACUUUGAAGACUAUGAUGGCAUGACAUUCAUCCUCUUUAGUUAUAUCGCCUGGCCACUUUUUUGAACCGAAAUCAAAAAAGUGCAACCUCCAUUAUUUUGUUUUUGGUCUUCUUCCUCUUCCUUCCCCAUCCAAGAGUGCGUCUACUCUGAACACUGCUUUGAGUUGCUGCAAACUUCAGACUUCUUUUUAAUGCACUGAAACACCCAACUUUUUUAAAAAAAAGCAAAGAAAAAAAUCCAGAAAACGAAGCCAGAACCAAUUGUGACCACCUUAAUGAGUCAAAAAAGAACUUUGGAAAGACAUUUUUUUAUGUGCUAAAAAGAUUGCCUUCCAAUUAGUGGGAUUUGAACACCACGCUGUCGCUUAAAGCAGUCUAACUUUUAUUUUGGAAUGAUCGGCCUCAUUUCUGUCAUUUUAAAAAAAAUCCUUUUGCAUUUGGUUAUUGUCCAAUGUGGAAUGCUAUGGGUUUCUAGAAUAUAAUUUAAUUCUAGCUUUUAUUGUCUGUUAGCCCAGUUCAAAUGUAUGCUACAGAUAAAGGAAUGUUAUAGAUAAGUUCCGAAGAGUUAGGUCUGUCUAGAAGUAGGUCGUUUUUUAAAAGAAAAAUUAUGCACUAAAUUGUUCACUAUUGUGAUGUUAAAAGGGGGUAGAAUUUACAAUGGGACUGUCUUUUUUUAAAAAGUAGCUUAUUGCAGCAUGUGAUUACAACUUUAAGAUAAGUUGGGUAUAUGUAGUCCUUGCUAUACCACUGACUGUAUUUGGAAACCAAAGUAUUAAAAAAGGGGAGGCCCCCCUGUUUAUAUUAAUAGGGGUAUUUUGUGUUCAAAAUGUAUGGUUGGGUUUGGGGUUUGGGUUUUUUUGUUUUUGAAAUUGAAAUAUUUGGGACUGAAUUGCACUAUGAUAUAACCUGAAAGCAUAAAAAGAUAAACCAUUACAAUCCUGACUCAGAUGCUAAUACCAUUAUGCAGUUACAAAAGAUGGCAUUACUGCUUUUUUUUUAAUGAUGCAGAUUUUUUUACAGUUGUAUUGUGGUGCAGAACUGGAUUUUCUGUAACUUCACAAAUUCACAAAAGUUUAAAGGCAUUAAUCAGUAAAUUUUAUUUUCAGGGACUGAUAAUCCUGUCUUUUUUAAAAAUGGAUAGUAAAAUCUUGCCACAAUAAAUAUAAAAAAAUCUUGUCAGUUA